UCAAUGGCCCAUCACGACGACCCUUUUUUUUUUUAUGCUAGACAUUUACUCUUGCUUAAAUUCGUUUCCACCAAGUGGGUUUCAUUUUUCUUCUCAGAUUUUUCAUGGGUUUUUUUAUUUUGAAGAUUCAUUGCUAAUUUUCUGGGAAUUCUCCUGAGCUCUUCUCUUUUCUUCUCUGAGAUGGGAAAUUGCUUUAGACACCCUGCCAAGUGUGCCCAUGCUUCUUCCAUCAACUUUUUUGAAAGUACAAAGACUAGUAGCAAUGUUAAGUUGGAUUCAAAACCGCCGAGUGAGGACAAGCCCCUACGAGGACUAAUCUCAACCGAAGUCGAUACGUCUGUUCCCAACACGCUUAAGUCCUUUGCUUUCAUUGAUCUCAAAAAUGCCACGAGGAACUUCAAGUCAGAUAGCUUACUUGGAGAGGGAGGGUUUGGCUGGGUUUUCAAGGGAUGGAUCGACGAGAACACAUUAGCUCCUGCGAAACGAGGAACCGGGACAGUGGUCGCUGUCAAAAGGCUCAAACGAGAAAGCUUUCAGGGCCACAAGGAAUGGCUUGCGGAAGUGAAUUAUCUGGGUCAGCUUCGCCAUAAAAAUCUCGUGAAACUCAUUGGUUACUGCUCCGAGUCUGAUAACAGACUUCUUGUUUAUGAGUAUAUGCCUAAAGGAAGUUUGGAAAAUCAUUUGUUUAGAAAAGGUGUUCAGCCUAUUUCGUGGAACUUGCGUAUGAACAUUGCAAUUGAUGUUGCGCGAGGAUUAUCGUUUUUGCAUAGCUUAGAUGCUAAUGUUAUCUACCGUGAUUUAAAAGCUUCAAACAUUCUGCUUGAUUCGGAUUUCAGUGCCCGACUUUCGGAUUUUGGCUUAGCAAGGGAUGGUCCCACAGGUGAUAAUACUCAUGUUUCAACCAGAGUUGUGGGAACUCGAGGGUAUGCUGCGCCAGAAUAUAUAGCCACCGGUCACUUGACUCCAAAGAGCGAUGUGUACAGCUUCGGCGUGGUAUUGCUAGAAUUGCUAUGUGGAAGACGGGCAAUGGAUGAUGAGAAAGCGGUUGGCAUCGAAGACACGCUGGUUGAUUGGGCAAAGCCCUUCUUGAGUGAUGCUAGACGAGUAUUAAGGAUCAUGGACACCAGAUUGGGGGGUCAGUACUCCAAAAAAGCAGCUCAAGCCGCAGCUGCACUCGCCGUGCAGUGCCUACACACGGAUCCAAAGAACAGACCGCUAAUGGUUGAUGUUCUAGCGAAAUUGGAACAGCUCCAUACGUCGAGAGAUGUUUCGAGCACCAAAGAUUCUAGGCUGAACCAUGCUUGGGUGAAACAUUCCAAUCAUCCUCACAGGAUAAUAUAAACACUCAUGCAUAUUUGGUGUUAGUCUUGUUUCCCUUUUGUCCAUUAAAUUGCAUUUUUCAAACUGCUAUACAUGGGUAGGAAAAAAGAUAUCCACUUUGUAGAAGAAACGUUACACACACAACUGCUGGCUCUGCAGAUGUGGUUUGCUUUGUUAUACAAUGUAAUCAUAUAUAGUGUAUCAUAUACUCUUAUGUAAAUAAGAGUUAUUCUCCUCUCCUUCCUUCAAAAGGGAUUUAUGUGAUUAACUAGGCAUGCCCUUUAGUCACUUGUCAACAUGUAUAUUUACUUUGUAUUAUUUUAUUUCGGAUUGUGGCUUCAAAGCCUCACAAGGGGAGUGCAUUUGUGUAAGAGUUUACCAUGUGAGGGUGUUUCGUUGGGCUAUGUAUUGGUUUUUUGUUUGCCAUAUAAAAAACUCCACUUGAGAUUAAUGUUAGGAUUUCUGCCACUUUAUUUUAUCUUUUUGGAGUGGCAGAAAUUCAAAUCCUGUGGAAUUGGAGUGGCAAAAAUCGUAACAUGUUUAAUU